AUGUCACCAUUGACAAAAGUACAGGUUUUGUGCGUGAUCUUGGAAUGCGUAAGCAAAUAUGAUGCUAAUGAACGGGAUGAAAUUCGAAGAGCUUACAUUAAUCUUGGUCCAUACCAACCUAAACUAGAUGAGUACAAGAAAACUAAAUUUGGAAGGAAUUCUCGUAAAUUUAAACAUUCAUGGUUUGCAAUUAAGGAAUUUAGUCCAUGGCUUGAAUAUUCACCUAGUAAAGAUGUUGCUUUUUGUCUACCGUGCUUUCUCUUUGACAAGCCAACUAGGAAUUUUGGGAGUCAUGUAUUCACUAAAGAUGGAUUUCGGAAUUGGAAGAAAGUUAAUGAUGGAAAUAAUUUUUCCUUUUUGAAUCAUAUGGGGAAACAACCUAACUCUUUUCAUAGAGCUUCCGAGAAAGCGAUGACAGAUUUGAUGAACCAGUCUCAACACAUACAAAAGGCCUCAAUUGAUGUUGUCAAAGUGCUUGCAUUUCAAGGACUUGCUUUUAGAGGACGAGAUGAAAGUUCUGAUUCAAUUAAUCAUGGGAAUUUUCUUGAAAUAUUGGAUUUGGUGGUAUCAUAUAAUGAAUAUGUUGCAGAAGUGAUAGAGAAAGCUCCCAAAAAUGCCUCUUACAAAUCACCAAAAAUCCAAAAGGAAAUCUUACAUGUAUUUUCAAACAAGGUGAAGAAGGCAAUUCGUGAAGAAAUUGGUGAUGCAAAGUUUUGCCUAAUUGUUGAUGAAGCUCGUGAUGAGUCAAUGAAGGAGCAAAUGGCUAUUGUUAUAAGAUUUAUAGACAAAGAUGGUUUUGUUCGAGAACGUUUUUUUGGGGUGGUCCAUGUCCUCGAUACUACGACAUUAACCCUAAAAGAUGAAAUAUAUUCUAUCUUGUCACAUCAUAGUCUAGAUAUUCAAGAUAUUCGAGGGCAAGGAUAUGAUGGUGCAAGCAAUAUGCGAGGUGAGUGGAAUGGAUUAAAAGCUUUGGUUUCAAAUGAUUGUCCAUAUGCUUACUUCAUUCAUUGUUUUGCACAUCGUUUGCAAUUAGCAUUAGUGGCAGCAUCAAAAGAAGUUAUUCUUGUUCAAAGUUUUUUUAAUAGAUUAUCAUCUAUUGUCAAUGUUGUUUGUGCUUCACGUAAGCGUACUGAGCAACUAAAAAAAGCUUAUGCUGAUCAAAUUGCAUAUUUUGUUGAAAUUGGUGAGCUUGAAACUGAAAGAGGACUUAAUCAAAUUAGCACAUUACAACGAGCUGGAGAUACUCGUUGGGGUUCUCACUUGAGAUCGAUUUCUAGCUUGGUAAAUAUAUUUAGUCCAAUAUGUGAAAUUUUACUUAAGAGAUCAUCAAGGAAGGAAAUACUACUUCCCAAUGAGAAGCAGCAUACUCAUGUUAUCAUGCUAUGA